CGAUGUCAUAAUCGACCACAUUGGUGUUGGGCAUCGAUUUGCGAUAUUUAUCGAAAACCAAUUACCAAACCCAACAUCGAUGAUCAUCGAACAUCCCUAAUGGUAUUUUUAGUAAAAAAUUUUUACUCAUUUCUUUAUGAAUAAAUUAUUAACCUUGAAAACACCUAUAAUUAUUACAAUUAAAGCCUUGAUUAUAAUUAAAUUUAUGUUUUAAUAAAAAAAUUUAAAAACGUGAUAUGGUGCCUAAUGCAUAAUUCUAAUUUAAAUUGAUAAACACUCAUGAAGCCUCCAGUUGAGCCAAGUAAAGAAGAUUGUUGUAAUGGUGGAUGUAAUCCUUGUAUUUAUGAUGUUUAUGAGAAGCAAUUGAAACUGUAUGAAAAAUAUAAAAAUAGUCAUCAUGUGCCUACAGACCUUAAGUCAAAUGGAAUCUUGCAAGGUGAAUACACAUCAUUUGUAGUAACUAAUGUAUUAAACUUAUGCAACUUGCAUAAACUGGUAAAAUUUAAAAAAAAGGAUAGUGGUGAGAGAGUAUUUUGGAAAGUAGGGGAACAUUUUUAUAUUUUAUUUAAAAAAGACAGCAACAAAUGUUCUCGUGCCUAUACACCUAUAAAAUCUGAAGAUGACUGUGAUUUUGAAAUUAUUGUGAAGGUAUAUGAAAAUGGCUUAGUCUCAAAUUAUUUAUAUAACUUAGUCAUAGGAGAUACUACUUUGUGGAGGGGGCCAUAUGGAGGUUAUGAAGUUACACCAAAUAAAUUUAAUAAUAUUAUUUUAAUUGCUCAAGGAACAGGUAUUAUACCAUUUAUCUCAAUUACUCAAGAAAUUUUAAAUAAUGAAGAUGAUAUGACUAAAAUAUUAUUGUAUUAUUGCACCCAUUCUAUAGAUACUAUUUUAUAUAGAGAAGAGUUGUAUUGCAAGAAGUCAUUUUGGAAUUUUUCAUACAAAGUUUAUCUAAGUUCAACUUCAAAUUAUAUAGUUAAAUAUGAGGAGCCAAUCUUAGAAAGGAAAUUAAAUGUUGGAGAUAUAGAAUUAUUAAAACCAGCUGUUGACAAUCAAUAUGUAAUAUGUGGAUCAAAUGAAUUCAUGAGCGUUUAUAAAAAAUUCCUUGUAACAAAUGAAAUUUCUUCACAAAAUAUAGUAUUGCUUUAGGUUCUGUAUAUUUUAAAUGAAAAUAAAGUGUUGGUCUUUACAUUUUCAUAUUUA